AUGCUUCCAAUUCUUUUCGAAAUAUACGAUACAGCAUACGGCAAGUACCCUUGCCGUGAGCAGAGGCUCAAGAGUCUGACAUUGAUUAAAAAGCUCGUGCAGAAUGCGGUUUCACCGUCAGAAGCAGAACUCAAAGCGCUCAAGGAUACCAUGAAAGACACUAAGCCAGUUGGUCCGCUCCUCAACAAAUGCCGAACAGCUUGUCAAGGAAAAGCUCUACUCAGGCUACUCGACGUGAUUACUGACAAGGAUCUCAAUGUUACUUGCUCAAUUACAGCCGCAAGAGGUCGUGGGAAAUCAGCUUCUCUAGGUCUGGCCUUGGCAGGAGCUGUUGCGUUUGGUUACUCGAAUAUUUUUGUCACGUCUCCUUCACCUGAGAAUCUUCGAACUCUAUUUGAGUUUGUUAUGAAAGGGUUUGACACUAUGGGAUACCAGGAACAUAUCGAUUAUGAACUGAUCCAAUCUACGAAUCCUGAGUUUCAAAAGGCUCUUGUGCGAGUUAACGUUUUCAGAGAACACAGGCAAACAAUCCAAUACAUACACCCUUCUGAUGCUUCCAAAUUGGGUCAAGCUGAACUAGUAGUCGUAGAUGAAGCUGCGGCGAUACCUCUCCCGUUAGUGAAGGAAUUAAUUUUUGGUCCUUAUAUCGUUUUCCUUGCCUCGACGAUAAACGGCUAUGAGGGGACGGGAAGAAGUCUGUCGUUGAAAUUGCUCCAACAACUCCGCCAACAGGCGGCUGGAAGCGUCGUAAGCUACAUGAACUUACGAUGGAGGAAAGUAUACGAUAUAAACCUGAUCGAACAGUGGUUGAAUCGUGUGCUGUGUCUCAAUGCGGGUAAUAUUAACACACGCCUUUCAUGUGGUACUCCUCCACCGAGCGAAUGCGAGCUGUACAUCGUUAAACCAGAAUGCCUUGGUUCUCAUUAUCACAGGCGUCCGAAGCAUUUUCCCCAACAAAUCAUUUGGCAUCUAUUGGCGCUCAUUUACAAGAACUCACCAAAUGAUCUGCAGAUGCUUAGCGAUGCACCUGCUCAUCAUCUUUUCGUUCUCAUGUCACCAGUGAAGGAAGAUCAGUCAUCUUUACCCGAAGUGCUGGCGUUGGCGCAGGUUUGCCUCGAAGGCAAUUUGUCGAAGGAAUCCGUGUCCGGGGCAAUGAACAAAGGAAAGCGAGCUGCUGGUGACUUACUACCGUGGACGAUCUCUCAGCACUUCAUGGACCGCGAUUUCCCCACCCUAUGUGGUGGACGUGUGGUUCGAAUUGCAGUUCAUCCUGACUUCCAGUCAAUGGGUUACGGUACUCGUACACUUGAACUCUUGGAGGAGUAUUAUCUAGGUCAUGUGCCGUCGAUUGACGAAGGCGUGAAGGAAACUGUAAAGACUGUAAAGGUGACUUCUUAUUCCGUUGUGCUUUACGAACCUGUGCAUUUGCUGUCAAUGUUUUCUGGUCGGUUUCAGGAUGGACACACAGUGGCAUUGUUAGAAGAGCAAAUUGCUCCACGAGCGGAUCUUCCUCCUCUGCUGAUGAGAUUGACUGAAAGGAAGGCGGAACGCUUGGAUUAUCUAGGAGUAUCAUUCGGCUUAACUUUGAAUUUGUUGAAAUUCUGGAAGAAGAAUGGCUUUGUGCCAGUAUAUCUACGUCAGACACCUAGUCCGCUUACUGGAGAGUAUACGUGUGCUAUGUUGAAGCGGAUGGACGACCAGUCGGAGACGUCCAGUUCUUGGCUUGCUGCCUACUUCCGUGAAUUCCGGUCACGACUGCUCUCGCUGUUGUCCUUCGAAUUCAGGAAGCUACCAAUAAAUCUUGGCUUGUCGCUAUUGCAAGUCAGGAACAAGGAAGUGACGACAGCUCUGCAAAAUGAAAGAAAAACUAUCACUCGUGAACAACUGGCAAUGUUCCUGUCGAAUGUGGAUCUCAAACGACUCUCGGAAUAUGCACGCAAUUUGGUUGAUCAUCAAAUGAUCACUGACUUGCUACCUACUGUAUCCCGGUUGUAUUUCGGUGAUCAGUUGAGAGAAAAUGUCAAACUCUCAACUGUACAAGCUGCGGUAUUGCUUGGACUUGGUCUGCAGCACAAAAGUGCUGAAGGUGUCCAGGAAGAACUGGAUCUUCCUCAAAGCCAGGUAUUUGCCCUUCAAUCGAAAACAAUCAGGAAGUUGUCAGAUGAGUUCGAUACCAUGUGUAUGGAUUCCAUUCGUGAACUGAUUCCUGAUAAAUCACGUGAUGUGGACAAAGAACGGCAGUCAGCUGUGGUCUCGCACUUGAAACCAUUGGCUGAAAGUCUUGAGGACGAGUUGAAUAAGGCUGCUGACGAGAUCAGAGAGCGUCAGAUGCGUGACAAGAAGGCACUUUUAGAAGAAACUGAAGAUCUCUCCCAAUAUGAAAUCAAUGUUGAUACGAAGACACUGGCCAAGGCGAGUGAUAUCAAAAUGAUCUACAGCCGUCCACUGAAUGUUCAGAAACGGCCACAAAACGAUGAAGAUGGGUCAGCUAGAAAAAAGAAGAAAAUGUUCAAGAAGAAGAAAGCUUAA